CCAAAGGUACCGUUGCUGGAAAGAAUUUGUAGGAGUUGUUGCCCUGUUUUGCUGCGUUUCUGUUUUCUUGGAGCUGUGAGCUUCACUCCCAGAACAAGUCGGUGAGCUGUUUUCUACCUGCAGUAACAGUGGGGUCUGUCAGGUACUCAGGAGGUCACGGAGGACGUGGAGCUGGAUGUAUGAGACAGCUUCAUGGGCGUGAAGGACCAUCUGGAGGAUGGAACAGGCCACAUGCAUAGCCUGGAGCUGGAUCUGGACUACCUCCACGUGGAAGGUGCUGAACGGCAGGUCGGCCUGAGCACUGUGACGGUCGCUGGUAAUUUAGGGGUCUUACAGGUCACAGAAGGUGCCCAGAGUAACAGCAGUAACAGUAGCACAAGCUUUAGUACUAAUUCAUGCUACAGCAGCAGCAGUAGUUGCAGUAACUUCUCUGACAGUGACGAUGAGCGGCUCCAGAAUGGGUCCAAUUCUGAAACUCCAAACCCUCAGCAAGAACAGCAGGAUCUACACCUCCAAGAGUCCUCUUCAGUCUUUCAGACAGUCAGGCUGGACCUGUCUCCAAACCGAACCCCUGCAGACCCCCCACAGCCAGAAACAUCAUCUCCCACUGACCCCGCCACAGAAUACCGCGCCAAAGUGGAGUUUGCUCUCAAGCUAGGCUACUCUGAGGCGCUGGUGCUGCUGGUGCUGAGGAAACUGGGCCCCGACGCACUCAUCAAUGACAUCCUGGGUGAGCUGGUCAAACUGGGAACCAAGACAGAGAUGGAGCAACAAGGAGGUUCCACUGCCUGCCAGUCUCUCUCCUCCUCUCCUUUGUCCUCUUUGAACGGCUCCUUCGCCUCCUCUAACAACUCCUCUCUGGACUCCUGUCGGAUGCUGUGUCCGUCCCAGCUUCUGGACGACAAAGACAACCUCAGACCAGUUGUUGUUGAUGGAAGCAACGUAGCCAUGAGUCAUGGAAAUAAGGAGGUAUUCUCCUGCCAAGGCAUCCAGCUUGCUGUCGAUUGGUUUUUGGAGCAAGGCCACAGAGACAUAACUGUUUUUGUCCCUGCCUGGAGAAAAGAGCAGUCCCGUCCCGAUGCUCUUAUCACAGACCAAGACGUCUUACGGCGACUAGAGAAAGAGAAGAUUCUGGUCUUCACUCCGUCUCGCCGUGUGCAGGGACGCAGAGUGGUUUGCUACGAUGACCGCUUCAUCGUCAAACUGGCCUACGAGUCCGCCGGCAUCAUUGUUUCCAAUGACAACUACCGUGACUUGGCCAAUGAAAAGCCAGAGUGGAAGAAAUUCAUUGAUGAGCGUCUACUGAUGUACUCCUUUGUAAAUGACAAGUUCAUGCCACCAGAUGACCCUUUGGGACGACAUGGACCCAGUCUGGAGAACUUCCUGAGGAAAAGGCCUAUUAUUCCUGAGCACAGGAAGCAGCCGUGUCCUUAUGGUAAGAAAUGCACAUAUGGCCACAAGUGCAAGUUUUACCACCCUGAAAGAGGCAGCCAGCCCCAGCGUGCCGUGGCUGAUGAGCUCCGUGCCAGUGCCAAAAUGUCAUCAGUAGCUUCUAGAGGCCUGCUGGAAGAUGCCCUGACAGUGAAAAGCCAAAGUUAUGGUGUAGCAGUAGGAAUGGCCGAGGCUGAGCCAAGUCAGAGCACCCCAAAGAAACAGCCGAACCCCAGCCUUCAGAGCUCCUUAACUGACCUCGUGGAGGACAGGUUUCGUAUCCAGUCCAAAGUGGACGGGCGUCGGGGAAGCAGCAGUAGCAGCAGCAGCUGUAGCAGCAGCCUUAUUGGGUAUCCUGCUCCAGGCGGGCCCCCGUCAUUAGGAAGCUUUGACCACUGGGAGCAUCCUGGGGUUACUGGUGGAGGGAGGGCUUCUGGAGCCUCUGGACCAAGCCAGGCUGAAACCUACCACAGAUGUGAGUCUCCAGAGCCUAGCUACAGCUCAAUGGUAAAGAACUACUCCAGCCUCGGUCUGGUUGUGCCACAGAGUCCUGAACGCUUCUUCCCUGCUGAUCUGAGAGGUGGAUCGCUGCUGUCAGACUUUAGCAGUGAAGGAAGCUUAAGCUCAGACUCGUUCUCCCCUGACCCUGUGUUAGACGAUGGUCACAAGUGCCACCAUCACCACCACCAUCCUCCCCACCAUCAUCACUGCUCUGGCCAGUUUUCCCACGCUGUAAGCCGUGUUCCUCCUGGAUUUGGCCAGCAUCCUCAUGGCUAUCCUGUUCCUCAAGCUCUGCGGAGAAAACAUGAUUAUGGCCUUGAAGACCUGCCAGCUUCUGUUACCUCUCAUGGAUCUCCUCGUCCCUUCCAGUCCCCUUCAGCCUACAUCCCACCCCACUUUCAGCAUCCAUUUGGGAGCAGUUUCCAAGGGGAAUUUCCAGCUCGGUCACCCCAAACGUCCACGGCUCACUCCCACGUUCAGAACUCCCCUCUUGGCCGCAAUUUGAUGGGCUCCGUUUGGCAGGAUGGUGGGCUCCAGGACUCCCAAAUGUACAAGGGGUCGCCACUUCAAUCCCGAAGGAACCACUCUGUGAUUAACCCACCACUACAGCAUCAGAUGAACUGGGACCCACAUUACCAGCAGUCCCCUAAGCCUUGUUAUGAUCCGUAUGCUUUCCAGAGCCUUCCAGAAGUCCACGAGAAGGCUUGGCACUCUCCUUGGGGCAGGCAAACCCAUUCGUCACCGCAUGGCCUUUCAGCAUCAAGUCUUCCACCCCUUCACCAGUUAUCCCUUCCACCCAUUACUACCCACAAAAGCCACCUGCCCUCAGUGCCUCAGCACCAGGAGCCUCCUGCCUUAGGUCGAUACCAGGACCUCAGGGAGAGGGUGUUUGUUAACUUGUGCCGCAUCUUCCCACCAGAUUUAGUGAGGAUGGUAAUGACCAGGAAUUCUCAUAUGGUGGAUGCUCAGGAGCUUGCAGCUGCGAUUCUGAUGGAGAAAUCGCAGCACGGUUCUUGAAUGAAGUUACAGUUUCAUCUUAACUGAGAUGUCUUCUGCAGGUUUAUCACCUACGGUCAUCUUAGUUAUUCAAGUCAGGUUGGACUUACAUAGACCAAAAGCACAAGAUACAAAGCUCCUUAAGUUGUUAAUGGACUGCUUAUUUUAUUGCAGGGAAGUCUUGUUAAUUCUAAAUGGUAUUUUUUGUAAAGGGAGAACCCCAAAUUGCCAUAUUUUUCUAUAAUAUGUCCGCUAUUUCAGCACUUAAGAUCAGGUAAAGUCGGGGUUUCAUUUUAUUGUUUGAGCAAGGGAAAUUGGGGUGCUUAGGGAGGCUUU